AUGGCCUCAACGGACUAUGAUCGCCCAUACUUUACCUUUGGGUACUAUGAUAGUACUAGAGAUGCGCCUCUGAGCGAUCUUCAAUAUGGGUACCUCUUGAACGAGGGAUUCAACUUUGCAGUUGCACCCAUAACCAACGAAAAUUUCAGGAAUCGAAUUUUCAAGCUCGUUCAAGAUCACCUUGAUCUGUUGGCCAAGUCUAGUUCCGAGGGUACUACUAUCGCCACUGCUCCUCAGGCUGACCCUAUCAUCCCUCCGCUGACCCCAGACGACACCGGCUUAUUCCCCUCGCAAGCUGUCAAUACCUACACUGGUUGCAUUAGCCCAUGGAUCGAUCUAGCAUCACCAAAUCCGAUCAUCGCAAGCAUUUCGCGACAGGUUCUGAAUCUUGAAAUCAACUAUGCAAGCUUCUGCGGACUUCGCAUCGUCAUGAUCCCCCCGCCUGAGCGGGAUGGCUCGCGAGGUACAGGAAACUCCGGUCUGGCGCAGUAUGCUCGUGCCGUGCAGGAAGCUCUGACCAUUGGUGCCAAUAUGAGCUUUGCUGUGCAAAUGCCCAUGUACCGUGAGCCAGGCAUUGACGGCGGUAUUGAAACGUUGUCCAGUCUCAACCCUGUGUCAAAUACCCCGCCAGUCUCUAAAAAGAUUGAUCUUUUCACUGCGUGGGACUCUUGGCACAAUGUGAGAAGUGUCUGCAAUUACAACUUGAGACUUUUCCUAGCCCUGAAGAUCCCGAAAGUGAUGCCUGAAAAGGCUCUGCAGGACCGCUGGUUCUCAGAACCUCUCAUGUACCUCACAUUCACACCAGAGGUCUUUCAGACGAAUGCUACUGGCAACCCAUCGCUUUCCAAACAUCACCGAGCCAUGAUAUAUGCUUACAUGAAGCUCAAGAGUACUCCUGGACUCCUGAUGUGGAAUACGGGACCUCGCGUUUCUCAUAUCAAAGGCAAUGCGCAAACGGUCAUUUUCGGAGAUGGCUUUCCACCGCUCUCGGGCGCAGAUGGUGAGAACGAGCCUGCUUCCGAAGAAAAUGACAAACCGUCCCCGUACAUUGAGUAUAUGCGAUGGCUAGAGUCGGGACAGCCACCGCUCACGAUCUUCGAGUCGCCAAUGCUUACCAGCUUUCAGGAUUGGCUGCAAUCGCCACUGCAGCCGUUAUCGGACAAUCUUGAGUCUGCGACAUACGAGGUGUUUGAGGGCGACCCCGUCAAGUAUAAUCAGUAUGAGGCUGCUACUAUGGAGGCCCUAAUUGAGUGGAAGAAGCUUAAAAAGCCGACCUCAAAGGGAGGCGUCGUCGUCAUUGCCGUGGCGGGCUCCGGCCGGGGACCACUCGUUACCCGAGCACUCAAGGCUGCCGAAUACGCCAAUGUGGAAGUUGAAAUAUGGGCUGUUGAAAAGAACCCCAAUGCUUACGUCUAUCUGCUGCGUCAAAACCAGAAUGUCUGGGACGGGCGUGUCAAGGUCGUCAAGACAGACAUGAGACACUGGAAAGGCCCUAUUAUUUCCGAGUCUGCCAAUGGCACAUUGUAUGGCAAGGUGGAUAUUCUGAUUUCCGAGCUGUUAGGCUCGUUUGGUGACAACGAGCUUUCUCCGGAGUGCCUGGACGGCAUCCAACAUGUCAUGGCACCCCGGGGCAUUUCUAUUCCGAGCUCCUACACGGCUCACUUUACGCCAAUUGCUUCGCCCAAGCUGCAUGCGGAUAUUCUUGCGCGCUCUGCGACCGAUUCGAAUGCGUUUUCGACGCCCUGGGUCGUGCACCUGUUCUCACUCGACUACAAUGCGCAGCGAGUGCCUGAUCAUCCGCGCAUCCAAGAGGCCUGGGAGUUUUCUCACCCGAUUCCCGAGUCUACACUGCAGGGAGUUGAAGCGCGGCGCUCUGGUGGCGUUGUCGGUGGCGGCGGCGGCAGCAUGGCUGGCGCGGCAGGUGCCAACGACCACAACUCACGCUUCUGCCAUCUCACGUUUGUUUGCCGCACCCGCGGUGUCACUCACGGCUUGGCAGGCUAUUUUGAGUCCACCUUGUAUGAAUCGCAAGUCGAGGAAACACGAGGCGAAAAAAUCGAAAUUAGCACGCACCCGGAGCGCAUUGAUGAGAAGAGCAAGGACAUGAUUUCAUGGUUUCCCAUCUUCUUUCCCCUCAAUCAACCUCUUUACUUCCCAGCGGAUACUGAACUAGAAAUUAGCAUGUGGCGGCAGACGGAUGAUACACGAGUGUGGUACGAGUGGCUCGUGGAAGCGUGGGGCUGGGUCGGAGAGAAUACUCGAGUCAAGGUUGGAUCGUCGGAGCUUUGCAGCAGUCGCAAGAUGGCGUGUCUCAUGUAG